AGCAGCUGAACAGGUUGCCAUCUCACCACACAUGCACCAUGGCUUCUCAGCUUCUUCCUCUCGAACUCAUCGACAAAUGUGUCGGGUCGCGCAUCUGGGUCAUCAUGAAGGGUGACAAAGAGUUUGCGGGCACUCUUGUGGGCUUCGAUGACUACGUCAACAUGGUCUUGGAGGACGUGACCGAGUUUGACUACUCAGGGGACCACACCAAGUUGAAGAAGAUCCUGCUAAACGGCAACAACAUUUGCAUGUUGAUUCCGGGAGGAGAGGGUCCAACAGCCGUAGCUGCACCAUGAGAAAGACGGGGAUGCCGGUUGAAGGUUGCGAAGAGCACUCAUGGGAAGUGUACAAGCAUAUGCGGUCUGGAAUGAUGGGGAGAAAUGGAGGGAGGGAAGGACUGCAAAGGAUUCCGUCCGCCGAAAUCAUGGAGACAUCAGCUGCCAGCAGAACAUGACAAAACCUGGAACCAUGCAGUUUCACUGGAUUUGCAUGUCCCCAAGCUACACCACCAUUUACGCAAAAGAUAUAUAAUUUUUCCCACCGAAUCUCAAUCGUGUCCCUGACAGGAGAUUACCG